AUGGCAAAGGAAACUGAACGUACCGUCGUCCCACAUGAUGCAGCCAACACGGAUCAGCCUGGCGGCUUCAACGAGAGUGUCGUCAAACAAAUCGAGCCCACCAGCCCCCCAAGUGAUGCUCCGGACGGGAUCGAGCCCAGCGUCCUCUCCAGUGAUGCUCCCAACACUGAUCAGCCUGGCGGCUUCAACGAGAACGUCGUCAAACGGACCGAGCCGACCAGCCCCCCGAGUGAUGCUCCGGACGGGACCGAGCCCCGCGUCCUCUCCAGUGAUGCUCCCAACACUGUUCAGCCUGAGAGCCCCACUGUCGAAAUCGGCUCUAACGAUAGAUCAUGGAAAACGGUCAACGGCACGUGUUUGUCGUACGUGCCUAUCGAGGUCGCGGGAUCUCGGUUCAGAGUUUCUUUGAGUGGCAUCGGCCACUGGGUCGGCCAUGGGGUUGAGCAGGGAGAUAUUCAGAAGGCAUGGAUUGUUCUCAGGGUGAAGGACACGGAGGGCCUCAUGGAGACCGACUACUUCAUCAUUUUCGACUCGCCUGCGCCCAUGACCGAGCAUGACAAGCAUGCCAAGCAAACAAUCCACCACCAAUGCAUGGACAUAUACAGGAAUAGGGGGUCCUGGGAGGAGCUCUCAUCGCUGCUAGUGCCACAUUUCCUAUCCUAUAUCACCUCGCACAUGGGCCCACGGCCUAACGACAUAGAGUCCUUUUUGUUGCGCAGAAAGCUUUACCUCCGUCCAACGUCCGCGGCCAGCGAUACUGUGACAUUCGAACCUUGUGGCGAUCCCUACUUGUACCAAGAGAUCAAUUGGGGGUUGAUGGAAGACGCGCUGGUCGAUGUCCCUGUUUACGAAUUUUCCGACGUCGAAAGUUUCCGCGAAAUCGGUUCUCAGAGCACGGCCUACGAAGUCACCAUCAAUGGAAAUACAUUCCUCUACAAGCAUGCUAAGGCAACCGAGCCGUUCAUUCGGGAGAUUACCAUGUUGAAGGCGAUGACUCAGUUAUCCAACCAGGGAUGCAUCCUCCGGGUACCGAAGCUAGUGGGAGUAAUCGGCAAGGGUACUACUACGCAGCCCGGCCUUUUGACGACAUUGAUCCCUUCUUCUUCCGGGAACCUGCGCGGUUUGCUUGAGUCUGAAGCUGAGGUGAGCGUCGCUGACCGUCAGAAGUGGUAUGACCAGGUGGCUGACGCUGUCCGAACUCUACACCGGAAUGGAUACUGCUGGGGAGAUGUCAAGUGGGACAAUGUUGUGAUUGAUGAAAAUCGUGAUGCGUGGCUCAUUGAUUUCGAGGGAGGAGCUACACUGGGGUGGGUGGAUCGAAAUCUUGACGGUACGGAGGCGGGGGACUUGCAAGGAUUGGAAAUUCUUCAUCGUGCGAUGGGACUGUAA